AGGCUAGUUUGCGCUCGUCGCUGGCGCCGGUAUAGCCACAGGGUUAUUCAAGCCAAAAUGGAAUUGUGCUGUUCGAGCGGCUUCAGCCCGACGACGACUCUUCCAUCUCGAAAUACCGUUGCUAAUCUCAGUUGUCGCAGUUUUCGUCCCUUACCUGUAAAACAUCCAAUUCUAGGUUGUUCUAGAUUUAGAGUGAAUUGCAGAGAGCCAGCACAUGACGAUGCUCCUCUCUCCGCUGAUUCGGCCUACUCUGUCCUCGGAGUUCACCCCGAUUGCUCUGCUCUCGAAUUGAAAGCGGCUUUUCGAGCCAAGGUGAAGCAAUUCCAUCCCGAUGUUAUCAAAGACGGAACAAAUUCAGAUACUAUGAUUCGCCGUGUAAUCCAGGCAUAUGAGAUGCUGUCCAGCUGCAGCCGGUCAGAGAUAAUUGAAAGGGAAUGCUUAGAUCCAUUUGACAAACCAGAAUGUGAAGCUGUUGAUAUUUUUGUUAACGAGGUGCUUUGUGUUGGGAAAGCAUGUUCAAAUUCAUGUGUGAACAGAGCGCCUCAUGCUUUCACAUAUGUCUCUUCAACUGGAACAGCACGUGCAACUUCUCAAGGUCAUGGUGAAGAUUAUCAAGUUCAACUUGCUGUUGGUCAAUGCCCAAGGAGUUGCAUUCAUUAUGUUACCCCAUCGCAGAGAAUUAUCUUAGAGGAGCUACUUGACAGCAUGCUGAAUGCACCCUUUUAUGAUACGUCAACUGAGGCAGAAUUGCUCUACUCACUUAUAACGAAAGCCAAAUAUGAGAAUAACAGAUACCAAAAGCCGAAGAAGCAACCGAAAACUUCAAGCCAGCAUGUUGAUUGGUUUUAACAUUGGGGCAGUGGUUUAUCAAUAAGUCAUCCUGUAAAUAUAAUGAUAAGGGCAUGGCAGUUGUCAGCUGCAUACAAGAGCUUUAUUUCUCUUUUCACCGGAACUUAUGCGAAGAUAUGCAUUUUGUCCCAUCCCUAUUGCAAUUCUUUAUGAAGAGGCAGGGGCGGAUUUGUGACAUACUCUUCCUGUCCUAAAUAUAAGACAUUUAUACUAAUGUGUAUAAAGGUCUUAUAUUUAAGACUGGAGGAGUAGUAAUUUACGUGUUAGCAUGGAUUUCAGGCUCUUGUUUUUGGUUUUGCGUAGGCAAAUCUAUGUAACGUCUCACAAGGUUAGAAGCCGGCGGCUCUGAUCUCUACAAAGCGUUGGGCGGUUGGGGUAAUUAAUUUUGACUACGCAAAAUGUAGACAUUCUUCCCCGGGG